UCUACAGCCCAAAUUAAUCUGUUAUAUAGUAAGCUUAUGUUCUCUAAGCUGACCUGUCGCGACUACAUCAGUAACUGCUAAACAACACCAUAAUGCAAAGCUUGUUGAAUAAGAGCAACACUGUAAGACACUCUUCCAUCGUUAUUACCUCCCAUAUCGGCUAGAGAGAAAAUCACCCCCAGGCAUCGUCAUGGAAGCUGCCGCUGCACUUGUCAGUUUCGUUGGCCUAGCAGGCCCUGUUGCGCAAGGUCUGAAGUUCCUGUAUGACUUCACGACCAACAUGAAGGACUGCCCGAAAGAUAUUCGCGAGAUGAAGAUCGACGUUGAAUUAGUUGAAAGUUUGAUCACGCAAGUAAUUCAACAGUGCAACGAGCGUGAUGCGCGACUUCGAGAAAGCGCGGCAUUAGCACGCGCAAUCGGUCACGCUCAGAAAAGCGUCGAAGAUCUCAAGAAGGAGGUGGCUGCGUAUCUUGUGGAUGGAAAACGUAAGCGAUUCAGGUUUGCAGCCAAGCUCAGUCAAACGCAAAAGCUCAGGGCAAGCUUGGAUAGGACUAAGACCAUCAUGUUUGAGUUCAAGAAUCAGCUGCAAAGCGACCUGUUAUUUGACAUCCGUGAUACAAAUCAAGAGGUUCUCAGAUCAGUAGAGAAGACAAGCAGGAAUCUGGAAACAUAUAGCAGAAACUUCCCCAAGGUCAUGCAAAAGCCCGAGGUCCAAGCAGAAAACACGAAUAAUUCCGGAGGUAGAGUAGAGGCUUCGGUUCAGCGAGCAAACGACACCUCAUCUGAAGGCCUAGCCGACGCUAACAUCGUUGCCGAGAAGCUCGAGCACAUCAUGGACUUGUUGACGGAAACAAGGAUCUCAUCUUCACCAACUUCAUUACUAUCAACGCCUGCAUUGUCACGCGAAGUCAGUGAUAACUCCAUUACGGACUCGUCCCAGGAAACGACUGCCAGCAGCAUUUCGAGCUCGCGAAGCAUUUCGCGGUCAGGGUUCCAGAAACCCCAACAAGCGAACAUCGUUUCAGAACACCCCCUUCUACAAUUCAAAGAUAAUCAGUUUCAAUUCUUGAUCGCGAUCAUCUUCACCCAGCGCACCCGCAAACAACAUCUCGCUUGUCAACGCGCCUCAGAAUGUCUGGCAGCAUAUCCAACGCCAGAAGCACUUUCGAAAGCAUUGCCUGAAGAUCUCAGUCAAUACUUCGGCGGACUUGGUUUGCAUAAGGUCAAGCCACCUCAGCUAAUUAAGCUGGCUCAAGCAUAUGUCAAAGAUCCGCCGGAACAGGGCAGAUUACGUUCGAAAGCUAAUUGUCCUCAAUCUGAGAUCUCACAUUUACCUCAAAUCGGGCCAUCAUCAGUUAAUUCUUGGCUGGUAUAUUGCUGUAAAAGGAUGGAUAUAGUGACCAUAGAUAAGACACUACUAGCGUACAUAGAGCAUCUGAAGACAGAGGCAGGGGCCAAUUAGCUUCAGAUAUCAUGUUAUUGCAUGUGCUAGAUUUCCCAAGAUUGCACCGACGCUUAGGCUUGCGAAUUCCAACCCCCCCGAACUAUCGCGCUAUAACGUACCCCAUAGGCAAGUUAAAAAUAGUCCGUCGGUUUGUAAACGGGUACCGAAGGGGGGUGCAGCUUUAGCUCAUAUUUCAUGCUGGGUUACUUAGGGUCCUCCGGAGCUGUACGUAUAAUGCUACUUGUUCAUUCAUUCUACAUGCUACUUGAAGGUCAAGGUGAAACCUUAACGAGCGGGAAGCCGCUCAUGUUGUCGUCGUCGUCGUCGUCGUCGUCGUCGUUGUUGUUGUUAUUAUUGUUGUUGCAUUCACAUAACGUCUCCCUACGCACUAACC